AUGAUAAGUUUUUAUGUUGAGGUAAGCUUUGAGGAAAUUAGUAAAUAAUGGAAAGCCUUGAAAAUAUUUACAUUUGCUGAAUCAUUAGGAAGAGUUAAAAGUAUAAUCAAUAAAUUAUUAUAUCUUAAUCAAAUAUUUAAUUAUUCAAUUACUUAUAUAGGUUUAAUUGAAGUAUAUUAAAUUGAAUAGAAAUUAUGA